AUGGGCCCGGGGACGAAGGUUGCCAUUAUUGGUGCAGGUGUAUCAGGUCUCGUUGCGGUGAAGUCUUGCCUGGAGGGAGACCUCCAACCCAUUUGCUAUGAACAGUUUGACAACAUCGGAGGUUUAUGGAGCCCCACAGAAGAGUACAGAGAAGGCCAGGGAGCAAGGCUCUAUGAGAACCUCAUCUCCAUCUUCUCCAAGGACAUGUUUGCCUUCAGUGACUUUCCAUUCUCCCAGGACACACCUCCUUGUCUAACACACGCCACCAUAUUCAAGUACCUCCAACGUUACUGUGAUGAAAACAACCUCAGAAAGCAUAUAAGACUUGGAACGAAAGUUAAGAAAAUCCGAAGAUCCGGUGAUUAUGAGCUAAGCGGAAAAUGGGUAGUGGAGGCGGAAGAUAGUGAAGGGGUGGACACCUCUACCUAUGACUACCUGUUAAUCUGUUCUGGCUUCUUCAAGAGUAGCCGAAUACCAGAUAUUGAUGGACUAGGUACCUUUCUUGGACCCAUAGAUCAUUCCAAGACAUUUUGGAACGGUCAGAAGUACAGAGAGAAAACUGUGCUGGUUGUUGGUAACUCUAACUCUGCGGGAGAAAUUGCAGUAGAUAUAUCAAAGUACGCAAAAAAAGUGUACCUGAGCGUUGGACAAGGUACAUGGGUAUUGCCCCGUGUGGCAACAGGAGGCAGCCCUCUAGACCAGCUGCUGUACCGAAGGUCCAACUACAAGAGUCUGGCAAAACUGGACGGUCUUAUGUGUAGCAUCGCCAACUCCCGCAUCAACCACAACACAUCUGGGCUGGCCCCACCCGGACCGCCAUCUCAGGGCAGAACCAUGAUCAAUGAUGAUAUCCAGUUGCUCAUCUUAUGUGGUAAAAUCGUAAUUGUUGGACAGUUAAUACGCCUUGGUGAACAAGAGGCUGAAUUUGUUGACAGAGCUCUGGUAAAGAGCGUGGAUGCCAUUUUGUUUGCGACCGGAUACGACUGGAGCUUAGAGUUUCUGGAUGAGAACGUUGAGGGGGACGAAGGAAACCUUCCAUUUUAUAAGAUGGUGUUCCCCGUUUCGUUGCCCAGACAGAGCCUUGCGGUGAUUGGGUGCGUGGACCCAGAGGGCCCCAUCCCCCCGGUAACAGAGCUGCAGUGCCGACUGGCUGUCCGAGUGUUCAACGGGAAACACAAGCUGCCCCGCCUCAAGGUCAUGCUGAAGGAUAUCAAAAAGUGGGAUGACUACGUUCUGGAGAAAUUUGGCCGUUUUAAAUACAGGCUUCCCCAUAUUCCCUACCGUGAUGAGUUGGCCAAGGAACUGGGCGUAACCCCUUCCUGGGGGGAUCUGAUAAAGGCAGGACCCUGGCUGGCCUACCAGUACUUCUUUGGUCCUGCCUUCUCUUAUUUCCACCGUAUCUGGGGUCCAAACAAAUGGCCGGGCGCAAAAUCAGCCAUCUUCAGCGCUUUACACCACGGACUCAACACUCGACAAACCGUGAAGGUGCAAAGUCAAACAGUCAGAAACAGACUUUAGCUUACAUUUUUAUGGAUGUUCACAUAAAAAUCUUUUUGUUUCUCUCUCAUGAAUGGCGGGGAUUCGAACCCGGGUCUUCCACGUGUCAAGCGACCUGCCAGGCAACA